AUCUCGAGGACAGGUUUAAGGCCUUCAUCCCCCAGCCAAGGAUAAAAGCCUCACCGGAGAGGUCAUUGUCUACCUGCAGGAGCGGUGCAGAGCGACCUCAAAGAAGAUGGUUUUCAUUCGUCUCUCUCUUUCAUCUCGUUGAGAAAUCUAGCCACAAGCAGGAAGCCCAGCUUGUGAACUGCACGUGUGCUGCAGGUGGUCGCUGGAUGCAGGGUAUUAACAGAUGGAUCCCAUCGAUACCCCCACUGCAUAACCAUAGUGCAGUGAAUAGAAGACACUUCUCUGCGCCCGAAAAGCUCCAUGCUGAUUGCGAGAAGGAAAUGCUGGAUGGAGGGGUUCCUGGAACUACUGUGAGGGUUUCUUUUGAUUUCUCCUGCUUAGAAAUGGUAGAACUUUGGAUGUGGAACGUGGAGGAGGAGGAACACGAAGUGAGGGUCCGCACUGGGGGUGGUCAGCACUGCGGCUGCCCAGCAAAGGCACUGCCUGGUCCACAUCCCGGAGGGGUCUCUGCGCCCCAGUCGGCAUCGCAGCUGAUGGUGAAACUUUUGGUGUGGCAGAAGAGUGUCCACAAACUUUGGAAGGUAUCUGCUGCUGCUCAGAGUGAUGAAUGGAGUUGUAUUUUGAAUAAAAUAGCCAAGCAUCCUUUUGUGAGCAAGGAGCAUGAUGGCAUUUAG